AUCUUCUUCUUGUCCUGGAGAGAGGAGAGGAGGAGGAGGAGGAGGAGGGAAAUGGGGGAGGAGAGGAAGCGAGUGCUGGUGGUGGGAGGAACAGGCUAUCUAGGGCAGCACCUCCUAGAAGGGCUCGCCGGGGCAAACGGAGAAUCCCGCUGCGACCUGGCCUUCACCCACCACCGUCCGAUCCCACCCCAGGAGCUCAUCGAUGCCGUCUCCCCGGUGCUUCCCUUCCGCGUCGAUCUCAUCACCGGCGACGGCUUCGACGCCAUCACCGCCAAAUUUGGCCAGCCACAUACUGUUGUUAACUGUGCUGCACUCUCUGUUCCCCGUGUUUGUGAGACGGAUCCUGUAGCUGCUAUGGCUACUAACCUGCCUUCUUCCCUUGUAAACUGGUUAUCAAGCUUCAGUAACCAGAAAACUCUUUUGAUUCAUCUUUCAACUGAUCAAGUUUAUGAUGGGACGAAAUCAUUUUACAAAGAAGAAGAUGCAACAAAUCCUGUAAAUAUGUAUGGGUCAUCCAAAGUAGCUGCAGAGCAGUUUAUCAUGGCAAAGUAUCCAAACUAUACGAUCCUGCGAAGUAGUAUAAUCUAUGGGCCGCAGACAAUUUCACCUGUUGCAAAGUCUCUUCCAAUCCAGUGGAUUGAUAGCGUUCUUUCACCUGGGCAGGAAGUUGAAUUUUUUCACGAUGAGUUUCGUUGCCCUGUAUAUGUUAAAGAUAUGGUGAAUGUUAUAUUAACUCUGAUUAAAAAGUGGAUAUCAGAGGGUAAGCAAAUGCAGUUACUUCUAAAUGUUGGUGGGCGGGAUAGGGUUUCAAGGGUUCAAAUGGCUGAGACAGUUGCAACCAUCAGAGGAUAUGAUCACUUGCUUAUCAAAUCAGUAUCUGCAUCAUUGGCAAACCGUGGAGUUGUCUCCCCAGCAGACAUAUCCAUGGACAUCAGCAAAUUGAUUCAAGUGCUUGGCAUUACACCUAUUUCAUUCCAUGAUGGAGUCAGAUUAACACUUGGUUCUUGACAAUUUUGAUAAAUUAACAUGGUUUCCUUUUCUCUUAUUUUUGUAUGUUGUACUAGAUGCCAUGUAUGCUUAUUCCUUUUUCUCCUCUUCAUUGACGUUCUUUUUUUUUUGGAACUUGGAAGCAAGAUUUAGAGAAAAUAAUAUGGAAUUCAGAACAGAUUGAUGGAGUAUUUCGAACUGUACAUUUAUUAUGAACAGAACUGAAAAUGAGCAUCAAUUGUUUAUUUCUUGGAUCUUUGUUUGGAGCUGAUGAGUUAUCUAAUGAAUAUCAGAAUACAGUGGAUGACAUAUUGCAUCAACGGUUAUUUUUUAACUUCCUUCUUCUUAGAGCAGAAAAGUAAACACACUAGUUGGUCAAAUGUGAAGUUUUUUAUUAAUGAUGGUAGUCUGACAAAUUAUUCCUGGAAGAUGCUAAUAUGCUGUCUUCUAUUUGAUCGACAGACCAGAGUCAUCAGAAAAUUCAUCAAAGAAUUAGAAGUUAUCUAAAUUUUUUAGUGGAUUUAGACUGCAUAUGUGGAAUUGUUUCUACUAAAUGCUGCCCACUUGUGGUAACAGAAAGCCCUCAUUUUUCUUUUUUCUUUUUUUGAUUCAAUAAGAUGAGCCAACAUUUUUAAUGCCUCCAUACAUUAUAUGAACUAUUUGCAUCUUUAUAUUAAAUUCAAAGAAUCAUAUAAUCCGAAUUCCAGGGAGAACGUAUACAUCAUUUUUGAGAAAAUAAUAAUGCCUUUUCAUUCCAAUUAUUCUGCUUUAUGGAAUUCCGUACCCUGCUUAUUGCUUCUAAGAAAACGGGGUGUGAUUUUGUUAGCAAACAGCCUAAGCUGAUGGUAACAGAAGCAUGUAAAGUAUUCAUUUUAUAUACUUGAAAGUGGCAUCUGAUUGUGCAAUACUUAUUAACUGUAUCUUGAUAUCCAAUUUCUGAUGCUAGUUCAUAUGCUCAUGUUUUUGUUUUGCCACUAAUUGCACUGUAGUUGCAUUUGCUUCACUCUUUUGCUCCGGAGCAGGUGUCCAAACCUCAAAUGACUAGUGCUGCCUGCUUGGAACUGCCUUACGAAAGAUGCACUGUGCCAGGCUAUUGAAAGAUGGAGCAAGCAGGAAUCCUUAACUAUGCCUAGCAUUGAAGAUCCUGAUAUCUUGGAGGAAAUAAGUAAUAAGUGCAAUAACUUCUCUCAACUAAAAGUCAUGGGUUCCAUUGAUAUGAGAUUUGCCUCAAAGAUUGCAGGUGUGCCCAAACUCAAGAAGUUUUUAAGUCUGCAGUGCUGUAUGGUGACAAAGGAAGCUCUGCUGUUAAUCUUAGAUGACAUGGCACAUCUUGAGGCGCUGAACAUAGCGCACUGCCUAAUCAUGGACGGACCCGAACCUCAAGUUUCAGCAUGUCUACUGGCACAGAUUAUCAGAAAGCUAGACCCGACGAUCCUUGAGAAGGUUUCACGGUUGCAAGCUUUCUUUCACUGCCCGGACUAGGAUACAUGCACUGCAUGAGAGGAGAUCUUUUAUAAUUUCGCACGUAAGGGGUCAUUUCUUGUUUUCGUCCGGUCAUUAAUAACUUGAUUAUUUUUAAACUAUACUAGAUAGAAACAACUCUUGUAAGGAGUCCUAUUAAAAUCAAGAAAUAUAUGUCUGCCAUCCACACUAGAAUCA